AUGCUUAAUAUAGAUGAUAUUAAGAAGCUUCUUCAUGCAAAGAGAAAAAGAUUUAUAAUGAAUACCAAUGCUUCUAUCCAAAGCAUUAACCUGAUAAUUGAGCAUGUUUGGAAAACCCAGGAGGAGCAAAGGCAGAAGCUUUAUCGUGAAUAUUCUCAGCAGUUUCUGACUUUGUUUCUGGAGUGGGAUAUAAGCGUGCAGGAAACCAAGGAGGAAGAAGAAAAACUAGCUAAUUUGUUUCAUGAGCAACAAAAGAUUUUUCAAGCAGAAAGAAUUGUUCAGAGCCAGAGACUGAAAAAAAUUGUAAACUUAUACGACCAGAUUUUAAAGAGUAUGGAGGAGUUUCAGAAGGAUCAUGAACAUCUUCUGACUGAUGAACAAAGUGAAGUUAGACGAGAAAUGGCCAUGCUGCAAAACAAAAUUGUGACGGAUCAACAGCAAGAUCUGGCAACUAUUCGGAAAUCUCUUCAAUACCUGCUCUCUGAUGAUGCUGAAGAAAGAACUGGAACCUAAGUUAUAUGAUAGAAACAUAAUAUUAGCUCCAUCAAACCUAUACAUUGCCAUAGGCUAAAAUUUUCUAGUUGCAGUCAGCACAUCUUGUUUAUCAUUUGUUUGUUAAGUGUAAGAAUCCUUUUCUGUUAACCACUAAAUGAAUCCUAAACAGUUAUAUAGGUAGCAGCAAUUUCAUAGGUACAGGGAUCAAACUUUCCACCCUUUGGGUAGCAAAUGGAGAUGUUUUCUCCCUAACACUGUCAAUUAACUUU